AAGAAAAUAAACACACUUGACAAAAACUAAAUACUCUCUGAAAGAUGAUGAAGACCAGUUUUUGUGUCACAGUGACGAUCAUGCUUGCCCUCUAUUUUAUUCAGGUGGGUUGCACCACCUUGACUGAUAAUGGGGAUCCUAACCAGGAUAUGGUGGAAGCAAGAGAUGAAACAGCUGCUGAAUUCUAUGAGAUCCCAGCGCACCACUGGAAGGUGGCAUACAACAACAGGCAGAAACGCCACGCUGACCCUGGACCAUGCCGCUUUUGCUGUAACUGCUGCGGUCGUAUGAAUUUCUGCGGCCUCUGCUGUAAAUGGUGAUUCUCGAAAUCAUCUGCAUU